AUGGCCGCACCUGCGCGCCGCGGCUUCGCUACUAGCCAAAAAAUUAAAGUGCACAAGCCAAUUGUAGAGUUAGAUGGUGACGAAAUGACACGCGUGAUCUGGUCGCAGAUCAAGGACAAGUACAUUAACCCAUACUUGGAUCUGGACAUUGAAUACUUUGAUUUGGGCUUGCCACACCGUGAUGCCACCGAUGACAAGGUGACCGUCGACGCUGCGCAUGCCAUCCAAGAAAACCACGUAGGCAUUAAGUGCGCAACCAUUACCCCGGAUGAGCAGCGCGUCGAGGAGUUCAAACUGAAGAAGAUGUGGCGCUCGCCCAACGGUACCAUCCGCAACAUUUUAAACGGAACGGUCUUUCGCGAACCCAUCGUCAUUUCCAAUGUACCGCGCCUUGUUCCUGGUUGGAAAAAGCCCAUUGUUGUAGGUCGCCAUGCUUUCGGCGAUCAGUACAAGAGCACCGACUUCAUCGCUUCUGGGCCAGGCAAAUUUGAGGUCGUAUACACGCCUGCUGACGGCGGCAAGAAGCAGACAUUCGAGGUGUAUGACUUUAAAGGACCUGGUGUUGGGCUCGCCAUGUACAACACUGAUGAAAGCAUCUACGGUUUUGCUAAGUCGUGUCUGUCGUUUGCGUUGAGCAAGAACCAGGAUCUGUUUCUGUCUACUAAGAACACGAUUCUGAAGAAAUAUGAUGGAAGGUUCAAAGAUAUCUUUGAGGAGGUGUACCAGAGUGAGUUUAAAGCUAAGUACGAUGCCGCUGGCAUUUCCUACACGCACCGACUCAUCGAUGACAUGGUCGCCCAGGCACUCAAGAGUGACGGUGGCUUUGUCUGGGCUUGCAAGAACUAUGACGGUGAUGUUCAGUCGGACAUUGUAGCCCAGGGCUAUGGAUCACUCGGACUGAUGACCAGCGUGCUGGUCGCUCCUGAUGGAAAGACGGUGGAGGCUGAAGCUGCUCACGGUACAGUCACUCGCCACUGGCGCCAGUACCAGAAGGGUAAGAAGACGAGUACCAAUCCCAUUGCCUCGAUCUACGCCUGGACUCGUGGUUUGUCUCACCGCGGCAAGCUUGACGGCAAUCAGGAGCUUAUUGACUUUUCCCAGGGCUUAGAAGAUGCCGUUAUCAAGACGGUGGAGGCUGGCCACAUGACUAAGGACCUGGCUAUAUGCAUUCACGGUUCUAACGUGACUCCGGACCACUACCUCUACACGGAAGACUUCAUGGACAAAAUCAAAGAAACAUUCGACGCUGCGCGCAGUUGA